AUGAGUUAACUAAAAUCUCAUAUAAAGCUCGUUUAUGUGGCUGUAUUUAUAUUAGUAAUAGUAACCUAAAUCUAAUAAUCCGAAGCUAGAGGCAAAAAAAGGAAAUCUAACUCUGCUAAUGCUGCGAGCUGUGCUUCUAGAGGCCUCGACUGUUCUGCAACUUGUUGUCUUGAUACCACUUGUGCUCUUGAUUUAUCAGAUUGUGCUGGAUAUAUAAACAGAGAACUUAAUGAAAUAUACAUUGGCUUUGGAACUAUUGUUGCUUUAAUGACUUGUAUUCCUUCAGUUCUCUGGUUUAUGAAUUUCUGUUUGAUGCACAAGUUCUGCAAGCGAAAAGAUGAAAAUUUUGGAAUAGAAACAGGUGGUUACUCAUUUUUUGAAUUAAUGGUACUGUUUUGCUUCUGCGGCAUCUGUUGUAAACAAAGGAGAAAUUAAGAUGAUGAAUCUUUUGAUAAUAGCCCAAGCCUACAAUCAAAAGAAAAUUUAAAAGCCAUUCAAUCAAACAAAUCAAAAAUAUCCGAAGAAGAUCUGGAGAUUUCUGAAUAGGGGAGAUCGACUGACAGCAAUCUUAAGUAGAACCAGUUUAGCAAAACUGCUUAAUAAAGUAAAAUACCUCGAAAUAAAUGUCUGAAAUGCAUGUGCAUCGUUUUCUGCUGCAUGGAUUCUAAUAUUAAUGAGGAAUCAGGACCAGUGAAUGAAGAAAAUAACUAACUUUUGGUUGAUGAAAAGUUAGGACCUAAUGGAGAAGCUAGUAUUUAAUUUGACAGUUCUAAAUAAGAUAAAUGUAAAUAAGCAAAAAAUCGAAAGGGAAGUUCAGUUUCAUUGGAAGAUAUUGACCAAAACUAAUAUUAAGAAAAGGAAGAUUAUGAUGAAGGCAGCCUUAAUAAUUUCAACGAUAAAAAUAUUGAAUAACCAUCUAUUAAUGAAGAUUAGGAUGAAAACAAUUGA